CAUUGAGAUAAUAUAAUAUAUGAUGAAAAAAUGGCGCCAGGAUGCAACAUUCUUUCCUAAGAACAUUUACUGCAAAAUAGCAGUUGGUGUUUUUUCCAGUGACAUUAAAACAUUUUCAACCCCCCCCCCCCUCCCAAGUGACGUGCACUAAAUGUGAUACAUGUAGUAUGUACUGUUAUGUUAUGUUAUGAUGAUGCUAUAGUAUAUGAAGAAGGCUAUGAAAGAUCAUAAUUUGUAAGGUAUAUUAAUAAUGGUAUUGAAGACCACUGCCGUGAACCAUAAUUGUGACUGGACUUUGGCUUGAUAAUACAGGCCAUUAGGCUGCUAAUGCUUUGAACUACUACACAGACCGCUCAGACUGCACCGUUAUCAAUAUCAUUACCACUUCUACAAAACAACUAUUGAGAUAAUGUGUGUGUGCACUGAUGUGAUAAGAUGAUGCUUAGCCUUCAAUACAAGCCUGAGCUUGCUAGUGUUGUGUUGGUAACGCCACUUUGACGUCCUCAUUUUACAAGACUUAUUUGCUCAAACACGUUGAACCAAACGUUUAAAAGUCAAGACUUUUCCAAAUGUUCUAAAGUUAUGUUUGCUCUUAAUGAUGGCAGGUGGGCUCCCAUAAAAACGACUUAAACAAGACUAGUCAAUAAAGUGUUGCUCUUUGAACAUUGGCCAGUUGGCCUAAUUCCUGUAAACACAUUCGGUCGCACAAUAAAAUCCUGGUAAAUUUCGGUUGUUUUUUUUUAUCCAUUCUUAAUGUUUUCAUUAAUUUCCAGUUGUCAAAGUCGACGAUUUUGAUAAUAAUUUGUGAGUAAUAUUCAUUGUCUCUCGACUGCAACACUUCACUCGACUGUCCAUAGUAGCUACGUUAGUUUCAUUGCUCAGCAAAUGAUGAUCAGGGCAUCCAUUUGAAAGGACUGGUAAUUUUGAAGUAGAACUUCCUUGCGGAUAUCGUCAUCAGGGUGUGUGAAUUGGUAGUGGUGAUGGACGUCAAGCUUACAUCCAGUACACCUUCUGAUUACGGGACCAAUCCACGUGAUGAGGAUGACCCGCCACCAGACUACGAUGCCGAGGCAUCGAAAGGUGACCCACCUUCCUACCUGUCAAUAAUUGAUAAGAUCGAAGAAGCUAAGUCUACGUCAUCAACGCAAACGGACUUCGUAACCACGACUGUUAAAAUCAUACUCAACACAGUUAUGGCUACUAUUUGUCUGGCAUUGUCGAUGGCUGUUCCAAUAGCGAUGAUCGUAAUGGGUGCUGUUUACAUGAACGACUGUCCUGCAGAGCGAAUGAUCCCAAUAUACCUAACGGUGUUUGGGGCCGUCUACAAUUUCAAGGCAUCUAUAGAUCUUUGUAAUAGAGCUAUCAAGAGGAAACACAAACGCAGGAAACUGUUUGGAUCUGAUCCCCAAGAUGAGAUCAAGAUUGUGAUUGGUUUGAAUUGGUUCAGCAGACUCAUUGGAAUAUUGCUCUUCGGAUUUUUCAUCGCAGGUAAUGUGUGGGUCUAUCGUAUCUACGCACCCAGUAACAACCCCACGAGUCCAAACUACUGCUACGGUCCACUUUACUAUUUCGCUUUUUGGGUGAUCACCGUGGUGUAUAUUUUGCUGGGUUUGUGUUGUUGUGGUGUGACAACGAUCUUCUGCAUAGGCUUUGCAUUUUGCUUCAAGAUUUUGAGGAAGGUCAAAAAGUUUGUGGAAGCGCUUCGGUCUGUGCGUGAUGCGGCAGCAUCCGCCCGAGAAAAUGAUGCUGCUGAGGAGGAGGAGGAGGAGGAGGACGAAGAAUAAACAAUCCUGCCAAGAUUUCCUCUUUUCUUCAAAAACUGUAGACACCUGUAGUUGCACUUGCAAAGGAGUCUAUGUAAUUAGUGAGGUCUAUCUGGUACACAAAUAGUUGUGUCUUUUUUUCACUGUAUCCACAUAGCACUUUUCAUAAAGAAAAUGCGAUACUAUAAGAAUCGGGUGUUGGUUAUUGUCUUAGUCUGGUUGCUGUCUUUACUCUUGGCUAAUUAACAUUCAUUGCAAGACAAUUGUUUGGAAUAUAAUAUGUACUCAUAACCGAGAGUACAAGUAUUCAAGGCUCUUAUCUGUGAAUUUAAUGAGGUUUCCUUUUAAUUUUUAACAGUCAUAUUAAUGACUCUAUACAUGUAAUACCUUGCUUACAAAGUUAGUACAACAGAGUAUUAAACAUAUUUUUAUGUCCAGUAUAAUUAAACGCCAUUUACGCAAAAACUGAUAAUAAUCAGCAAAAUAGGCGGGAGGGGCACUUGUUUUUUCCCCGUUCCCCGCCGAUGACUAUGUUGUGCCACUCCUUACACGCACUGAUUGGAAGAGACGAGGAAGAAAUGACACAUCUCAAUGAAAAGGGAAAAAAGUGUGAAAAGUGAGCGCAAAUGAUGACUAACUGAAAUUUUCCAUCAGGUAUUUACAGUAUAAUGGAAACAUUGAUGCGUAAACUGUAUAUAGCGGUGUUAUAACUAACACACCGUACCAAUAUCAGCACGUCUGGGUCUUUUCAUGCAAGGAAGCCAUCUAGUUUGAGUAUUUUGCAUAUGAAUUAAACUUUGCCCUUGCUCCAAGCUAGGGUGGCUUAUAGAUUUAUAAGCAAACGUUUGUCACUGGUUCGUACGUGAAGAUUAGGCCGUUACUUAAGGCUGUAGCCUUUAUUAUGUAAAAAUAUAAACGUGAGGGUGACGUCUAAUGGGGGAUAGGGAAUU